CAACAAAAUAUCCGUGAAUCAAAGCUAAUCAAUGCGCCUAAAUCACAGUGGAGACUCUGGCUUGAGUAUGAGGAAGGUCUAGAUAACAACAAACCUGCCAAGAGCUUCACUGCAACAGGGAGAGGCCGUGUGAAAAGCAUAUAUAGUCAUAGAAAUUACUUCUGGAAAGCAAUGGAGAAGAUCAUAUCUACGGGUCACAGUGCCACAGAUGCAAUACGUAAAUUAGAGGAUGUCUAUGGCAUGGCACUAUCCGUAUCUAAUAUGUGCCGAGCCCUUAAGAACGACAAAGAACCAACAAAAUUGCAACUUACAGCACAACAACAGCAACUCAUGGGCUAA